AUGAUCAUCCUCAUCCUCUUCUUGGUCGCCGCCGUGCGCCGUCGCCGACACAAGCUUCGACUGUCCCCCAUACCGGAGCACCUCCUCGUAAACGAACGUUGCAACGUCCUCUCCAACGACACGACAGGGUGUGCGAACGCCGUUCAAGCCCAGUACGCGAGGGAGAGGAUGCGAUCGCCGCUGCUGAGAGGGAUGAAGGCCAUCGCAUGGGAUGACGGAAUGUGUUUCGACGGCAUCUCUCGCGUCCACUCGGCUGCUCUUGCUCGGGCCAUUCGCCACGAGGGAAAUGGCAUGUACAAGAGUGAUGCGUGUCGGCUGGCGCAGCUCGCGGAACACGGCGGAUACUACCUCGACAAUGACGUCGUGCCUCACAUCGACGUUCGCGAGCUCGGAGCUGCGAGGGUGGGCUGUGCCUCGCAUCCAUCCUUCAUAGCCGUACGUCAAUCUUGGGAGCCAGUGCAGUUCCUAAACGCCUUCGUUGCAGCGACUCCGCGUCACCCUAUCAUCAUGCGCGCGCUCAACCUCACCGCGCGCUUCUACAAUGUGGACACGCCCCCCGAGCGAGGCGGGCUGGAUGGCGGUCUGCGAGAGUGGUGGGUCGGACGUUCGAUGGGAAACCUGCCUUACACGGACCCGGGGUCUACCGCUUGCGACGCGUUGCUCCUUUGGGAGCACAGGCCGCGACAGAGAAUGUUGGACUGCGCCCAAGGCCCGCUCGCGGCGAUGUUCCAGUUCUACGAGAGCGAGCAGGCUGAUCUGCUCCCACUCGACCUAGAUACUGCGGGACGCAUCAAGCUUCUCUCCCUUUCGGCGUAA